AUGCUGCUGCUGCAACAGCUUCACUGCCAAAAGAAGCAGCAGCGCGUCUUGCGCCGACGCGACCCCCGCGAGGCAGCCUCAGCGGAUGGGGAUGAAGCAGAAGCAGAUGUCUCAACGGACCUUCAAGCAACAGCUGCUGAUGCAGCAGCUGCGGAAGCCGAAGCUGCCGCAGAGGCAGAAGCAGAAGCCGCUGUUGCUGCUGCAGCCGAUGCUGUUGUUGAAGCCACGGCGGCUGCAGCAGCAGACACUGCAGCAGCACCAACGCGGGGAUCUGGCUACUGGGAUAUGGAGGAGACAAGGACUGGAGGCAGUGGCAGCGAGUAUUGCAUGCUCUAUUUCCAUGGAAAUGCAUGCGACGCCAAUAUGGUCAGGGGAUGGUUACAAGUCGUUGCAGACGAGCUAGGACUCCCGAUUCUUGUUUUUGAGUAUCCUGGUUACGGUCUCCUCUCUGGCUUGCCGUCUUCGUCUUCUGGCAUCGACCGAUGCGCAAAGGUUGCCUUAGAGUUCCUUGUGGAGCAGCUACGCUUUCCUCCAGAAAAGAUCAUACUCUGCGGAAGAUCCAUAGGAACAGGGCCUGCAGCAUUUCUAGCUUCUCGACUGGCAAAGUGUAAUCUUCAGUUGGGUGGCCUCGUGCUGAUUUCCCCCUUCGCUUCCUUAGCUGCUUUGGCAGCAGAUAUGGCGGAGCUGCCCGAGUCUUUUGCGCGGCUUGUUGUUACGCACCACUGGGAUACCGAAGAGGCUCUUCAGCAGUGCCAAGGUCUCCCGCUUUGCAUCAUUCAUGGGCAGGAAGACGAAGUGAUUUCGGUGUCUCACUCCCGCCGUCUGCUCGCGCGCACUCCCCCUGUAGCAGCUCUGAGAGUUUCACACAUGCCGCUGCACGCCGAUCACGCUAUUGGUCUAGAACCUGCCACUAUGCGGGAGGAAGUGUUACAGCCGUUAUUGUUGUUCCUGAGGAAAAUUAGAUGCGCAGCGCGCCUGAGGCAGCAGCAACAGCUGCAUCACAAGAAGCAUUUGGAGGCGCAGGCAAGGCGAGCAGCGGCAGCAAAUGCAGCAGCAACCGCAGUUGCUGCUGCUGCUGCGGACUCUCUGGUGGGUUAUUUGCAACCGCAGGUGUCUCGGCUGCUGCGGGAAAGAACUAGUUGCGUAGGCAGAUGGCGCUCUGAGCAGCAGCAGCGGAUGCACAGCCAGGGAGAACAACAGCUACAAAAACAGCAGCACAGUCAUCCAAACGGCCAGCAACAGCGUGAGGAAGAAAGAGAAGCAGCUAGGCGGCUUACGUCGAGGAGGCAUCCCAACAAAUUUGGCCCCUUAGGAUGCAGCAAAGCCACAGCAGACCCCAAGGUUCGACUUCCCCAGGCAUUUUUCGGUGACUCUGAUGCCAGCGACUCCUCCCCCCCCUCCCCCGCAGCAGCAGCAGCAGCAGCAGCGCCAGCCACCGCUGCCCUUGCAUGCGCAGACUUCCUGCGCGGAGACAGCCACGACACAGCGGGCAGCCCAUCGACAACAGCACCUUCAUCAUCGGCUUCAGCAGGAGAUGACGCCGCACGAGCGUUCCUUGCCUCGGAGGCGAAGAUUCACCGCCGACUGCUGCUUGCAUGCAAGCAGAUGAAGCAGCAGCAGCAGCACCACCAGCAGCAUCACCAGCGAAAUCAGCAGCGGCAUCUCUCGCUGGCGUCGGCAAGUACCUUCUUUAAAGACGAAGCAUCAGCAGCAGCAGCAGGAUCCCAACACGUCAGGCGUGUGAUGACCGUUGGUGAAGCACCCGGCGCAGCAGUCGCAGGAUUGUGGUCUCCAAAAGCCAAUCAUCACCUUUCGCUACCUCGGCAUUACUUGUGGAACGACGGCAGCAGUAGUGGCAGCAGCCAACACAGUUCGCCCGUCGCGGCCAGCAGCAACAGCAGCCACAAGAUGGCUGCAACAUCCGCAUCUCAAAAAUUCCUCGCAAGGCGCAGAACGUGCAACUUUGCUGCUGUAGAAGGCGGUAGCAACAAUUCAUCGGUGUUGCAGCAGCAACAGCUACUGCAGCAGCAGCGUCAACAGCUACGGCAGCAACGGCAGCCACUGCUGCAGCAGCCGCAGCAGCAACAGCAGCGACCGCUCCACGUUUGCAGAACCCUCGGAUCGUCAGCAGCAAGAACGGCUUCCUUAGUCCCAGGCUACAGAUUUUGGAGCCGCUGCGCGGCUACAAAAGCGUCUGCAGCGAGAGAAGCAGGCGCAUCAUUAUUCUUUCGUGCCCUUUCCUCCGGUGUAGCGGCCAGGUGCUGUUGCGCGUUGGAUAGGGAGGGAUCCCUAGCGGAAUCCGCAAUGCAGCGGCAAAGUUUUCCCGCUGAGGCUUCUUGCUUUCGCUGGUGCUUGAGUGCCUCCCGUCGAGACGGCAGUACACUUGCUGGAAGGAGGUAA